AUGGGCAGAUUCUCGCCGCCCGAUCCUCGCAAGGUUCUCCCUUCUCGCGCCGACCCAGAGCACCGAUCUCGCCGGAAGCAACUGGAGAAGGAGCACGGCUACGGCUACACGGAGCCACUCCUGCUCGCGGCUCUAGGCAUCGGUCUGAUCUGGAACAUUGAGCAACAAGUAGAAAAGCGCGAAAAGCGCAAGGAAGAAGAGGAAAAGAAGGAAAAAGAACGCGAGGAGCGCCGCCGACAGAGGCGAGAGGACCAGAUCCGCGAUGGCAGCUGGCGUCCCGGCGACGAGCGAAGCGACCGAGGAAGCAGCCGCUACGAUGACGUGCGGGAUGGGUCGUCGAGACGCGGUCGCGAUGAGUACAGUAGAGACGAUCCACGUCUGGCGUACAGGGACGACCCGCGACGGAUGGACUAUCGCGAUCACGAAUAUCGCGGCUACCGUGACGAGUAUGUCGAUUAUCGAAACGAUGUCCGCUACGAAGAUAGACGAGACGGCAGUCUGAGACGAAGCAGCCGUCGCGAUUCUUUUUGA